AUGGGCUUUGAGGAUGAGAGCACGGACAGGGGCGGCGGAGACAAGCGAGGAGGAGAGAGGGGAGGAGGAGAGAGGGGAGGAGGAGAGAGGGAAGGAGGAGAGAGGGGAGGAGGAGAGAGGGGAGGAGGAGAAAGGGGAGGAGGAGAGAGGGGUGUUGACGGCGACGAGGAGGAGGCAGAGGAGGAGGAGGAGGAGGAAGGGCCACUGCGAGGCGACUUCGGAAAGCUUGUACCUGCCUCGCAGGGAGACUGCUUUCCAGCGGAGCGCGCUCGUCGUAACCCAUGCGGUGACUACGCCGUCGUGCCAGGGUUUCAGAGCCAUGACUCUGGCUUGGCGGCCACAUGGCUUCAGCAGGAGGCGGUGACGUCGUAG